UGUAUUUAAGGCUUGAGUCACAAAGAAAGCACAAAGCUGACCCGCAGAGCCUGACAGGAAAUGGAUGUAACAGUGAUUUUUACACUGUUGUUAAUCUGCUCUCUUACUGAGGCUCAGCUUCAACAACAACCUGAUCCUGACUCAAAUUCAUAUUUGAAGCCAGCAGGUUCCCAUGUAGAAGCAGGAAAUCCCUCAGAGCACCAACAAACAUGUACACAGGACAUCAAUGCUGUACUGAGAGAGAUGAGCGCCUCGCUGGCUGGACUGAAGGUGGAGGUGAAGUACUUACAGAAAGAAAAUGAAGCUAAAACACGAGAACUGGAGCUGCAGAAGCAACAGGACCAAGCAAAUAAAAAAGAACUGGAGCUGCUGAAACAACAGGACCAAGCAAAAGAAAAAGAACUGGAGUUACAAAAGAGAGAGCUGGACAAGUUGAAGCAACAGGACCAAGCUCAUGAAGGAGAACUGAUCACCAUUAAAGCCUCCGCAAACAUCACUAAAAACCAAGUGGAGGCUCUGAGGAGAGAAGGAGAAGUGAAACAAGUGGCUUUCUCAGCCUCUCUGAUGGACUCAGGCCAUGGAGAUGUUGGACCUUUUAAUGCAAAAACAACUCUGGUCUUCAGACAUGUUGUUACUAAUAUUGGAAAUGCCUACAACCCAAAUACAGGCAAGACAAAAGAAUUGGAGUUGCAAAAGAGUGAGCUGGACAAGUUAAAGCAACAAGACCAAGUGAAACAAGUGGCUUUCUCAGCAUCUCUGGUGGAAUCAGGCUCAGUUAAGUUUGGACCUUUUAAUGCACCAACACCUCUGGUCUUCAGACAUGUUGUUACUAAUAUUGGAAAUGCCUACAAUCCAAAUACAGGUUUCUUCAUCACACCUGUGAGAGGAGUCUAUCACUUUGAGUUCCACAUUCAAGGACCGGGACAUGCUUCACAUGGUUCAGGAGCUGUGCUGUUUAAGAAUGGAGAACAUAUCUUUAUUGCAUACGGGCAUCAAUCUUCUCACCAUGUUAAUGCUGCCAAUGGUGUCACACUGCUGCUGGAGGUUGGAGAUGUUGUGUUUCUGCGUCAGAGCGCAGACACAAUCAUUCAUGACAGUUAUAAUCAUCACAACACCUUCAGUGGUCACCUGAUUUUCACCGUGUGAGCAACAGCUUUUUAGAACAAAGAUUCAUAGAUCAUUUCAGACAAUCAGUCAAUUUCUACAUAUUCAUCAUUUACUCCCCUUACCACAGAAGUUGACAGCCACAUUUCUGAUGAACUAGUUUAUUUAAUCCAAAACAGACAAAUUAGCAGUAAAUCAAAUUAGCUGAACUUGCCAUAUCUUUUUAUUUUUUACCUUGUAAAGUUUAAAAAAAAAUUAUUGACACUGAUCUUCUGCAGCUCAAUUUGCAGAACCUACUGUAUGUGCUUGUUUUAAAGGGAUGUUAUCCAGUUGGGCUUGCUUUUAGCACCCCUAGUGUCUGUUUGUAGAAGCAAAACCAAAACCUAUCUCCUCUCUGUGCGUUUGUCUUUUUAACACCUUGGUCUAACAGCUGAAACAUCUCCCAGCGUUCCUAACUGCCUAGUCUCACAGGAAGAAGAUAGGAAUCACAAAAUAUAAAAGAAAAAAUAUAUAUAUAAAAACACCAAAGCUAAACUAAACUGGACAGAAGGUCAGACUACUGUAUAAGUGCUGUGUUUAGUCUGCAUUUAAGUGUAUUUUAAAUAUUUUUUUUCACACUUUUACAUGACCGAGUUGUCUUCUAACGCAUUUCCUAUUCCUUUUGGGCGCAGCAAUCUUUAUUGUACACCUACAGUACAGGCCAAAGGUUUGGACACACUUUCUCAUUCUAUAUGCUUUCUUUAUUUUCAUGACCAUGACCAUUUACAAAGGGGCCAACAAGUGCUUAACACCUUUGGGAACUUCUUCAAGACUUUUGGAAAACCAUUUCAAGUGACUACCUCUUGAAGCUCAUCAAGAGAAUGCCAAGAGUGUGCAAAAAACUAAUUAGAGCAAAGGGUGGCUAUUUUGAAGAAAAUAGAACAAAAAAACAUGUUUUCAGGUAUCUCACCUUUUUUGGUACAUAACUCCACACAUGUUCAUUCAUAGUUUUGAUGCCUUCAGUGAGAAUCUACCAAUGUAAAUGGUCAUGAAAAUAAUCAAAUCAGAAAUGCAAGUCAACUAAUUGUAGCUAUCGGGCUGAUAUCUAAAAGGAAUUUCUUUUCUUAACGUCCAAAGCAGUUCCGCCUAUGGACGGGGACUACUAAGUUACAAGCAAAGCCAGGUCGCUACGACCGGGAGCCUUGGCCUUCCAGAUCAGCCCAUCUUGUUGCAUCAUUAUUAAAACGCCUCUAAUUAUUAUUAAGAUGACAUUUUCUUUAUAAAACUCCCCAAAACAGCUUUCUGUUGGGGGUGAUGGCAGAAGAACAGUCUGCACUUAGCAUAAGAAAACGUGUUGCUGUUAAAUGAAACAGCCAAUCAUAAUAGAGCCCUUUUGGUCAGUUAUAGGCGAGAAAGACAAAGAUCUUCCUUGGACAUACUAUGAUUUAAAAUGAAGCUUCCAUGUCACAGCGGUCUGGCUCAACACGUAACAUUUCAACCAAUUUCAACCCUGGACAUGCGUUGGCUGCCACCGGAAAAUGGGAACAGCCAGCUGCCUGCUCUAGCAUCUGUUCUUGGGCAGGAGACAGAAGACGGGUAUCUGCUCAAGUUUCUUAUCCAGCCAGCAGCCCCACUAACAUGUGUGACCAAGCAUUUAAAUGACACAGCAUUUCCCCCAUUCAACCAGCAAAAUAAAAUAAAGAAAUAUAAAUUUGCUUACUGAUAAAAAAGAAGCAGAAACUGUUUGGAUGAUUUGUUAGUGCAGUCAAUAACCACAGCUUGCCCUCUGUGUCCAAAUAACUCCCUGAUCAACAUCCAAACACACGGAGGACACAACUAAAGUUCAGAAAGUCAAAAUGGCCAAACAUUUCUAAACGUGAGGCUGAUGCCUUUCCCUGGAGCUAGCUCUGAAUUCAGGUGGCUCUGGUGCUCAUUAAUUAUUCAGAACUAUAAGCAUGAAAUUCCACUUAAACAGAAGAAUUACAGAACACGUCACCCCCCUCAGAGUUGUCACACAUGUAAACUAGAUCUAUUAAACCUAAAAUGUUCUUUUGAACCAGGCUAUAAACCUGUUUAUUUCUGCUGUAAAAUUGGCAUUUUUAACAUAAUGAGGAUUUGCUCACUUCUGCUGCCAGCCCCCAGUGGAUGAGGAUGGAACUACAAUUUUAGCCACUCCUUCUUGGCCUCAAAAAAUGCUGACCAUAAUGGCCCAAUAAAUACACAAUUGAAAAAGUAAAAGGCUCGUUAUAUAUUUGUAUUGAAACUUAUACGUAUAAAACAUAAUGUUACCUCCCGUGCCAUGUGACUUUACGCGACCGCGGCUUGCAGGUCUGUUCUAUUUAACCGUUUUCUUUGACCAAGGAAGGACAAGUGCGAUAUUCUUGCCACGGGGGAAUUCGAGGCUGGGUGGCCUUUCAUUAAUCCUAAAAAGGGUUAUUUUAGCACAUACUGGCUCAAGAAAAGGAUUAAAAAAAUAUGUAAAAGUUGCAAAGUAUCCAUGUAAAGUGUAAACUGCACAUUCAUAAUACAAUAGAAUCUGUAAACCCUUUAUGUUUAAUUAGAAUGGAAGUUUUUGUUUAGAAUGAUUUUUUUUAUUCCAGUCUCAUUCUCUGUUUCAUCACUGUUGUAUGUUCUUGUUCAUGUUCAUGAGAUGUACUGUAAUAAUUUUUCAGUUUGGAAUUAAUAGGAUGUGUGAAUGCACUCAAAAUUAUGUUUAUGUUCGAUUUUUUAAUUGUUCAUAUAAUAAUGUCUUUUUGUUUAAAUUGAGUUUAAACGAUCAACAUUGUAGUUUUUAAUCUUAUUUUAUUUUUUUUACAAAAGGACAUAAAGUCUGUUGUAAACACCAAAGA